AGGUGUGUGGGGGUGUCAGAAGAAGGAGGAGGAGGGGGGCACAUUAGCUUCUUGGACAAGUCAUUCUGCCCCACUGUCAGGUAGUUGAGAAUUGUUUGUCAAAAGCAGUGGUGGACAUGGACAUGGCAGACUACAGCGAGGCUCUGGACCCAGCCUACACUACGCUGGAGUUCGAAAACAUGCAUGUGCUCGCCAUGGGCACAGACUCUUCACCGGCUGAGAGCACCAACAUGAAUACUACUGGCCAACUGGCGGUGGGCAGCCUGUGUGCCAUAUGUGGAGACAGAGCCACUGGAAAGCACUAUGGGGCGUCCAGCUGUGACGGCUGCAAGGGCUUUUUCAGACGCAGCGUCCGCAAAAACCACAUGUACUCGUGCAGGUUCAACAGACAAUGUAUUGUGGACAAAGACAAGCGAAAUCAAUGCAGAUACUGCCGACUGAAGAAAUGCUUUAGAGCUGGCAUGAAGAAAGAAGCUGUACAGAAUGAAAGAGACAGAAUCAGCACCAGGAGAUCCAGCUAUGAAGACAGCAGUUUACCAUCCAUCAAUGCACUCAUCCAAGCAGAUGUACUGUCAAGACAGAUCACCUCCCCUGCUCCUAUACUGAACGGCGACAUCAGAGCCAAAAAGAUCGCCACCAUCACAGACGUGUGUGAGUCCAUGAAACAGCAGCUGCUGGUGUUGGUGGAGUGGGCUAAGUACAUCCCAGCCUUCUGUGACCUGCCCCUGGAUGACCAGGUGGCGUUGCUGCGAGCUCAUGCUGGAGAGCAUCUAUUGCUCGGUGCUGCAAAGAGAUCCAUGCUGUAUAAAGACAUCCUCUUAUUAGGAAAUGACCACAUCAUCCCCAGAAACUGCCCGGAGUUGGAAGUGGGCAGGGUAGCAGUGAGAAUCCUGGAUGAGCUGGUGCUUCCUUUCCAGGAGCUUCAGAUAGACGACAAUGAAUAUGCCUGCUUGAAAGCCAUAGUUUUCUUUGACCCAGAUGCUAAAGGUCUGAGUGACCCUGGAAAGAUCAAGCGUAUGCGAUACCAGGUUCAGGUCAGCCUGGAGGACUACAUCAACGACAGGCAGUAUGACUGCCGAGGCCGCUUCGGGGAGCUGCUCCUGCUGCUGCCGACGCUACAGAGCAUCACCUGGCAGAUGAUUGAACAGAUCCAGUUCGUCAAACUCUUCGGCAUGGCAAAAAUCGACAACCUGCUGCAAGAAAUGCUACUUGGAGGUUCAGCCAAUGAAGCUCCACAUGCACCUCACUCUCUGCACCCUCACCUGGUUCAAGAGCACCUCAGCAGCAAUGUUAUAGUGGCCAGCAACAUGCCAACACCGAUCCAUAAUGGUCAAAUCUCCACUCCUGAAACCCCGAUUCCAUCUCCGCCUACUGCCUCCAGCUCAGAACAUUAUAAAAUGGCUCAGGGGGUCAUAGCCACUGUGCCCAAGCAGCCAACCUCCAUCCCUCAGCCCACCAUUACAAAGCAAGAGGCCAUCUAGUCCUUAUUCCCUUCAGUUUUUUUUUAAAGAAAUGUGUUAAACCAGGGUCUUUACAUGUGCAUUUAUCAGCAUUGAAGCUGAUUAACUUGACUGAAACAAUAAAGUAGCUAAAUAUCUCGAAUGUAAUUGCAAUUAUGUCCCUUUGCAGAUUGCUGUCUUCUCAGUCUUCAGGGAUCUAGGUUGUUCACACGUGCAGCUGCAGUUGAGCUCCACGGCUCAACUAAAGCUUGGUGCAAAGAGUUCAUGGCCAGAAAAAAAGAAAAAAAACCUAUAAGCAUCAAAACUAUCCAUAAAUACUGUUUUUCUUUAAGAUUGACAUUUAUAAAGAAGUAUAUUAUUGUAUAUAUAGUUUAUUUUUUGGGUAACAUCACUUUCCUUUAGUGUGGCCUCAGUGUGUGCAGUAAGGCUUAUGUUAGACAUGGUGGUAUGAUCAUGUCAUUAUUUUAUGAAUGUUACAACAGGCCUUACAUUGUAUUUAGUGUUGCACAGUUUUUUUUAUUUGAUGUUCAUUAGUGAUAAAAUGGUGUCAACUCUCAGACAGUCAUGAUGUUUCAGAAAAAAUGUCAUUUUAUCAACGCUAAAGGAAAUCCCUUGAAUGAAUUCAGCUUUUUGGAGUCUCCUUUGGAUAUUCUGUGUGACAAGACUAAAAUAUCAGUGGUUUGUUUAAAUGUAUAUUUACAGUAGCGAUGUAAAAUUUAACUAAUUUUACACCAAGAAAGCUCAGCGCACUCUGUGGUGCCACUUUGUAAAAGUCAUAGGCAGACACACUGAGGAAGUUUCCCAAUAAUAUGUUGGUUUUUAAAAAAUAUAUUAUAUUUUUUGUUUAGUACUUCGUCAUGGUUUAACUGGUGGAAUAAAUUGUGCCUUGUAACCUGUACUGCCUUACAAAAAAAACACAAAAAACAGGCAAUGUUUCGCCUGACAAUGUGAAGACUAAUAAAUCAAGGUCUAUUUUUA